UGCAUCGUAAGCGUUUGUGUUUGUAAGUUUGUGUUCUGUUUGACGACGUAGAAAUGUAAGAGUACAGUUAUCUUGUUGAUCGUCUGAUUUUAGUUUCUUGACCUAAUUUAUGUUUUAAUUUUAUAGAUCAAUUUAAGUAUGUUUCAUUCUUAGCCGUAAAUAUUUGAUUGAGGUUUUUACUGUGAUUGACAUCAGUUUGUUUCAUCAUGUGGAGCCCAACACACGUCCAAGUUACAGUUCAAAAGGCUCGUGGUCUCCUAGCCAAAGGAAAGAAUGGAACCAAUGAUGCCUUUGUCACAAUUGGACUUGGAAAGGACAAAUACCAAACUUCUAUCAAAGAGAAAGCUACAGAGAAUGUGGAAUGGCAUGAAAAGUGUGAAUUGCAAAUUCCUAAGCAAGGCAAUACCGCUGAAAUUGUCUUAACAGUUCUUCAUCACAGCUUUCUUGGAGUCGACGAGUUCCUUGGCUGUGUCAGCGUUCCACUGGCUGAAAUGGAUGUCUACGAAAGACCCCGAAACAGGUGGUACAAAUUGAAAGGGAAACCCGGCAAAGAGAAAAAUAAAGAAGGCAAAGAACGAGGAGAACUGGAAGUCAAAAUAUCUUUCAUCGUCAAAUCUGGAAGUCUUGCUGAUCUCUCCAAGAAAGAGAAACACAAAUCAUCAUUAGGGCAGUUAUCUACAGCUCUAGGAGGAAGUUUGAUCAGUAUCAGCAGUUUAGACAAGAGAAAGGGGCUGAAGAAAUUUGCUAAAUCAUUUGGUCAAUCAUUUGAUGCUGGAAUGCUCAGUAACAAAAUCAGUGGCAAAAGCAAAAGCAAAGAGAAAGAUUUCCCAGAAACAGGGAGUUUGCAUGAGGUGAACAAACUGUCGCGAGGUGGCGUAGGACUCAGCGGAGAUAUCAAACCCUCCCUUCAGAGGGCUGGGGAUGCGGAUCCUGGGGUCAUCAGUGAAGGAGAGAGUGAAGACGGCUUCACGUUGGAUGACUUGUCACACAAAGGGUCAGGUUACUCACUAGAAGCAAAUUCUACUCCCAAGAGUGGGUCUUUGGAGAACCUAGCUGGAGGAGAGAUAUUGCGACGCUCAGAAAACACUCCCCCCGCCAAACCUCCACGGACUAUUGUACCUCCGCCCGAACCUGUGAUGGACGAAUGGGAACAGAAACUAUAUGGGAAAUAUGGGAAAGACGCCAUGAAUGUUGAACCGCCAAGUACACUGCAGCGGAGAAUGAACAGCUUUAACACUAACCUUCCCAUAAUGCCUUCCUUCUCCUCUCCUCCCCCUGCGGCAACCUCUACCCCCACCACAGUCCCUACUUUGUCAACACCUACUGAGGAGUUAGGCCUAGUCACGCCUACUGAAGAAUUUUCUCGCCAAGACUUCAAAAAGAGUCCUACUCUAUCUCAUCCGAGCAAGACAUCUUCCAGUAAAAGCUCCAUGGAGCGAAUCAUCAUAGGAGGAGAGACUGACAGCUUUAGUGCUCCGCGCACUCCACUCAGCCGCCUCAACCCGGAGAUACUCAAGAAGUUCGAUGGGAAGUCUCGAGAGGAUUUGAUAGAGACGAUCAUGGACUUGCAGAACAAAGUUUCAAAAAUGAAUCAACAACAAAGAGAUCUUGAGGAUUACUUGGAUCAGCUGCUUUUAAGAGUCAUGGAGACAUCCCCUCGCAUUCUCCAAAACCCGUACAUGAAUUGUAAAACUCAGGCUCAGUGCAUGUAGCUAUUCAAAUUAAAACACUUCAGAUUUGUAUCAUGUUGACAGUGUACUUCAAAUCAAGAUAAUGAAUGCUAAAACAAAGCCAUGAACUUUUAACUUUUCAAUAUUUGUUAUGGAUUUGUUUAAGAUAGCUUGAUUUUUUUUAGAGUAAUAUCUUUUGGUAAAAAUGUAGCCUAUUUUUAAAAUGACUUAUAUAUUUUUUAGCUUUUACUGUCGUUUUUUUAUAUAUAAUCUACUUUAUCUGUGGAAAAACGUUCUCUCCUAAUGUAAGAUUGAUGAGAAACACACGUAGGAACAUCUGUGGGGUGGAAUUCCUAGAAUUGUCAGAAGUGAGUAAUUGUUAUUUAUUUUAUCUUUACAAAAAUUUGCGCUAAAAUCUCGAUAGUCCAUCACAUUCUAUAAACAAGCCAGCCACCAGAGUAAAACAAUCCCGUACAGUGAGAGAGAGAGAAAAUUCUUUAUUUACAACAAAUUAUUAUUAUAUAUACAACAGUGAAUAGUUGUCUAAAAAACUGGGUUAUAAAAUUUUGAAAUAAAGUAAAUAUAUGAUGUUCAUAACAGAAUUUACAUUUCUUAGUGGUCUUGAACGAGAUUGUUUGUUGAGCAUUGUAAGUCUGGCUUAAGGACGUUUGUUUUGAAUGUGAAGGUCGUUCUCUAAUAUUUCUGUGAAUGUGAGAGAAAUUGCAUACUACACACUGUAGUAUACAUAACUUUUCAAACCAUUAACUCAAAUUUGCUGGUUUUUUAAACUACAAUCUUGUGCAUUACUUUGCAUGGAUACAUUUACGUUCCUUUCUUGAUAAGCAAUUUUACUUUUGACUUUUUCUAGCGUAACAAGCCUAACAAGCUUUUUGCUUUCUAUGUUUGAGGUUAGUUUUUAGGUUUAAACCCUUUAUGCAGUAUCUGCUAUUUUUUCUUUUAAUACGCAUACUUUAUGGCUCCGGUCAUGCAGUACGCAACGAUUAAGUUAUCCUUAAUAUUCCCAUUUGUGUUUUAUCAUCAAGAGUGUAUUAUAUAGAGUUGAAUUAUGUUAGGAAUCUGUUAGAUAAACCAAACGUUGGUCUAUCUGCGACUUUUUGUCUGUAAAUUUGGGUUUUUCUUUUUUAUCUAAAAUUAGAAUUUUUAAUAAAAACUAUUUAAUUUUUGGAUAUUUAUCUUUGUAUUGUGCACUUUUCCCCUAUGAUGUUUAAUUUUUUGAUUCACACAAAUUUUAAAAUUAUUUUCGUUUAUUGGGUAGUUAUUCUUCCAUUGUUUCUCGUGAACUAACUAUUAUGAAGAGUCAUACAAACAACUUCCUCAAGAUGACUUGUAUUAUGCUCAUUUCAAUUUUACAACCAAAUAGAAUAUUUUGCUAACUCUUUAAUUCUCUGCUUUAUUGUAGAUUUAACUCAAAGCAAAUUAGCCAAACAUAUGUUUUUAUUUAAGAUAAUUUUAGAAUGUUUGACAUACCAGAUGCAUGAAUAUCCUUAUUACUCGUCCUAAGGUGUCUUAACUAUGUACAUAAAGUUCCGUCCAUAUCACCAAGGUGCUUUGUAAAGUUGGAGAUCAUAUAAUCUAUUUUAAAAUUAUAAUGACCCUUUGCAAAUGUAAGAGGAAUUUCAUUAAAUCGGUUUAAGAUUUGUGCUUAUUUAAUUCCAAUUGUUCAAUGCCGGCCUAAUAGUGCAGUGAGCUGCUGAAUAUCUUGUGCUAUACUUAACUCUCAAAGUGUUAUAAAUAUCUUCCAUUUUCAGAUGUCUUUAGUCUUACCUGUUUUCUAAUUUUAAUUUCGAAUAUGGUCUCCAACUCGUUGUUUUGUUGUCGUUAAAGUUUUAUCUUACUAAUAUUUGUUAUACGGUUUUAACCAAUUAAAUCUGUUAUACAUGUUACAAAGUUAAACACGGUUCGUCCAAUGUUUAUAUAUGAUGAAUAGGUUAAGGUAUUAAAUUGUUUACUAGGCUAUGAUAAAAUUUAAAAAAAUUUAUAUACAAAGUAUUUUGUUAAUUUCAACUGUGUAAAUAUAAAAGUGUAUGUAAAAAAGCUAAAGCAAAUAAUUCCAAAGCAAUAUGUGUGAUAAGUUUAGAGUAUAGUCAAAUUAUACAAGAUGUUCCCAAAUUAUCUUCCUUUCAUACUCGAAUACAAUUUUUUUAAUAAAUACUUUUUGACUUUCAUUGUCUUUGUUUCAGUUACUAGUUUUUAGAUAAACUAUAUAGCUGUCCAGUGUGGAGGUUUUUAUUGUGUUCAAUCAUUCUAGCAUUUCAAUAUAACCUUUUCCAACAUUCUAUUAAAUAUCUGCUUCUGUUUACCUUAUUGCAUGUUAAUUUUGCGUAAUGUUUAUGUUAUUUUCAAGAAAUAAAAAGCCAAUUUCAUAUUUAUUUCAGGUUUUUAAUGUUUUUUAAUGUAUUAUUAAUUAUAAGGUAAUCCUUGCUAUAAAAGGUCCCAGCUUACCUGAUGUUAAAAAGUUGCGAUUUUCUAUCACUCCAACUGUUUACGUAGUAAAAAAUAUAACCUGUUAUAAUAACCGAUUGUUAUGUUUAUGUAAUUACGUUUAUUAUUGUUGUUUAUGGAUAGGUAUUUUUGCCUCAUUUCUGUCCGUUAUGUUAGAGUACAACAAAUUUGUUGCCAACAGCGACAGUCUAUAAAUUCUCUUCACUUGAUGUGGUACUUUGCCAAAAGCAGUUGUGUUCGUUACACUCGUAUAAACAAUUUUUAAAAUUAAUGUAAUCUCAUUGCAAAAUGUAAAAACAUUUUUAAGAUGGCUAAGUUAAAUGUAUUGCAUCCUAAAAGCUAUGUGUUCAUUCGUGUAUUUUUGCUGACUCUAGACGCAUGCUGUUUGGUGCGUGACAUGAUGCAAGUAGUCCUAAUGCAUACGAAAUGGCAUGCCCAAAUCACAUUGCCAGGUGGUUGAUUCGCAGGCCAACCCACCAUCCGUGGAUUUUAGUGUUCCUUCCAACUUACCAUCUUAAGUGGUUUUUAGAGAAUUGCCCCAAUAGGGAUGAAGCUAUUACCAUGGGUAGCAUGGUAAGACCUAGAUUCAAGACCAACAAUUUGUUUGCCUAACUUAUUUUUGGCGAUGUUAAGGCAUUCUAAAGAAUAUCUUAUUGUAUAUUUUAUUUAUAUGAUAAUAUACUGUUUAGCAAACCUACAGUUGGAAAUAAUCUCAAAGUUAUGGGUAAUCUGACCUUGGCUGAGAUUGAUUGGCUAAAGUGGCCAUCAGAUGUCUUAAUCUGUGGUCUGGCCAUUUCUAGAGUAUCAAAACUACUCAUCAUUCUCGUAAAGUUUUUAAACAUCUUAUUAUCAUUGCAAGUCUUUCAAAAUGAUGUUUUAAGCUUGUCUGUAUUUCCUAAGUUUAUUUUAAAUAUGCUGUUCUUAAAUCCUUCGUCACUUUCACUUUUUCUACCAAACACCAAAUGGCUUGCCCCUUGUUGAAUUGAAAGGUUGAGAAGCACGUUGAAAGGUCAGUUGAAAUUGAAAACACGAGUGUGUACAUAGCUAAUUAUCGAAGUAUAGUUUAUUUCAUAACUUUUCACAUCUUAGUUAAAUUAUCUACAAGUGGCCAUCAAGCUUUUGUAAAUAAUAUGUUUUAGAAGUGUAAACUGACUAUUUAUUUAUUAUUAGAAUAAUGUAGAGUUUGUUUUUUAUGGUAGAUAAUUAGUUUAUUUUUGAAUCCAUACCUCUAACUUUCUGUAUCUAAAUGGUGGAAUUAUUCUAUCUGAUGAAUAUCAUCCAGGUCUUCAGGAGAUGCCGGUGGCUGUCGUAUGUUUGCAAUAUGGAAAUUAAAUGUUAAAGCCCAAGAUUAUAUUGUUGGAAUCAAAUAAAAUCCUAUAUUAUCAAUA